AUGGAAGGACACAAUGAGGAGCAGAGAGGUGAAGAGAGAAAAACAAAGAUGAGAGAGGAGCUGGGGCGAACCAACUCCUUCCCUUCCUUCCGCCCCUCUUCUUGUCCUCCAGGGUCACAAGGCAAGGGAGGUGAAGAGAGAAGCAGUGCAGAGCAGGGCAAUCAACCACACGGUCAGAAGGCAAGGGAGGUGAAGAGAAAAGCAGUGCAGAGCAGGGCAAUCAACCACACGUCCCUCCUUCCCCUCCGCCUCUCCUCCACCCCCGCCCCUCUUACUGUCCUGCAGGGUCGCAAGCCAAGCAUGGAAGGACACAAUGAGGAGCAGAGAGGUGAAGAGAGAAAAACAAAGAUGAGAGGGGAGCUGGGGCGAACCAAUGAGGCUUUAAGGGAGUUUGGGCGCCGGGCGAGGGAAGCAGAGCAGCUGCUGCUGGCUGUGCAGAGACAAGAUCGGGUUUUGAGGUGCCUCACAACACGUUCCUCCUUCCCGUCCGCCCGUCCCAUUGCUUGUCAGGGGUAUGGAAGGGCACAAAGCAGGCAUGAGAGACAAGAUCGGGUUUUGAGGUGCCUCAAAACACGUUCCUCCUUCCCGUCCGCCCGUCCCAUUGCUUGUCAGGGUAUGGAAGAGCACAAAGCAGGCAUGAGAGACAAGGUCGGGGCGGCGAAUGAAAGCCAGUCAGGGGAGGAGAAGCACGCGAAGAUGAGAGAGGAGCUGGGGCGAACGAACGAGGCUUUAAGGGAGUUUGGGCGGAGAGCGAGGGAAGCAGAGCAGCUGCUUCUGGCUGUGCUGGAUGAACACAAAGGCUUCAAGCUGCUAGGAGAGGGGGGCAGAGCAGGGUCGAAGGGGGGGGAUGAGCAGCUUAGAAUGUCACUUCUGUAUCACUGUACUGAUGAGAAGGCCCUUGGGAUUAUCCGGAAGGAGAAGAAGAGGGAAAAGGAGAGUGGAAAGGAGAGAGGGAAGGAGAGGAGAAGUGGGGUUGGUGGGGUGGAAGGAGGGGAAUCGAAGCCUAUCAGUCCCCGGCCUACUCCCACUGCCGCUGCUGCUGCUGCUGGGAAGGCGGCAGGGAGAUCAGGCGAGGCUGAUUUUUCUGCUGCUGCAGCGGCGGCGGCGGCGGCGGCAGCAGCAGCAGGAGCAGGAGGAGGAGGAGGAAAAGGGGUGCCAGUGGGCUUGCCUCCCCCUCCUCCGGGGUGGAAACCCGGAGACCCCCUCCCUUCCUUUCCAGACAUUGCUGCUGCUGCCGCCGCCGCCGCCGCUGCAGCAGGAAAAGCAGCAGCAGGAGGGGCAGCAGCAGGGGUACCCCCACCUAUGCCGGCUGGGUGGAGACCAGGAGAUCCCCUCCCCCUCCCUCCCCCUCCUCCGGGGUGGAAACCUGGAGACCCCCUCCCAACCCUUCCCACCGCUGCCACUUUUCCUUCUGCUGCUGCGGCCACUCCUGCUGCUCCUUCUGCUGCUGCUGCUGCUGGCGCUGCUGCUGCUGCUGCUGCUGCUCCUACUCCAUCCAUUCCCCCAGCCGCACCCCUGCCCGCCCUUCCGACCAUGCCUGCAGGGUGGAAACCCGGAGACCCCAUACCCCUCCCCUUACCAGGCGCCCCUGCUGUGCCCCUGCCAGUGGCAGCAGGUGUACCUCCCUCAGAUGUACCUCCCCCGAGCGUGCCUGCUGCCGCUGCUGUUGCUGUGGCUGGCAUGGUGGUGGGACCUGGGGAAGGUGUUAUCCGGCCGCCAGCAGUGGCAGGGGAAGGGAAAGAAGGGGCAGCAGGAAAGGAAAGAGCAGCAGGGGCAGGUGUGCGUGGUGGUGGUGCUGCUGCUGCUGCUGUGGCCUUACCCCCUGCUCCGGCUGCUCCUGCUGCUCCUGGGACGUUUCAAGUGGCACACGUGCAGCUUGAUUUGGACGAGUCUGAUUUUGAAAGCGAUUUCAGUGAUGCGUCUUCAGACGAUGAUGAUGAGUGA